GAAAGCCAUUGCCAAGUCCAGCCUCCAGCACAUGGUAGCCCAGCCAAACCCCGCACUAGCCCUGAGGAGCGACUCAGAGAGGCAGAUACGCAGCACUGUGGACUGGAGCGAGACUGCGGUCUAUGGUGAGCACAUCUGGUUUGAGACCAAUGUCUCUGGGGACUUCUGCUACGUUGGGGAACAGAACUGUAUGGCGAAGCUGCUGCAAAAGCCUCUCUCCAGGCGUAAGUGUGCAGCCUGCAAGAUUGUAGUGCAUACACCCUGCAUCGAACAGCUGGAGAAAAUAAAUUUCCGCUGCAAACCUUCCUUCAGGGAAUCAGGAUCCCGGAACGUACGGGAGCCCAUAGUUGUCCGGCAUCACUGGGUUCACCGGAGGCGGCAGGAAGGGAAAUGCCGGCAGUGUGGCAAGGGUUUCCAGCAGAAGUUUGCCUUCCACAGUAAAGAGAUUGUAGCCAUCAGCUGUUCCUGGUGCAAGCAAGCGUAUCACAGUAAAGUCUCAUGUUUCAUGCUGCAACACAUCGAAGAGCCCUGCUCGCUGGGAGCUCAUGCUGCUGUCGUCGUUCCUCCCACCUGGAUUCUGCGGGUCCGGCGGCCACAGAAUCCACUGAAAUCUAGUAAGAAGAAGAAGAGGACAUCGUUCAAGCGGAAAUCCAGCAAAAAGGGGGCUGAGGAAGGGAGGUGGAAACCCUUUGUCAUCAAGCCAUUGCCAGCUCCUCUCAUGAAGCCCUUGCUGGUGUUUGUGAACCCCAAGAGUGGUGGGAAUCAGGGAGCCAAGAUCAUCCAGUCCUUCAUGUGGUAUCUCAACCCACGGCAAGUGUUUGACCUCAGCCAGGGUGGACCCAAGGAGGCGCUGGAGCUGUACCGCAAGGUCCACAACCUCCGGAUCCUGGCGUGCGGGGGAGAUGGCACGGUGGGCUGGAUACUCUCCAUUCUGGACCAGUUACGCCUCAACCCACCUCCUCCUGUAGCCAUCUUACCUCUGGGGACAGGAAAUGACUUGGCCAGGACGCUGAACUGGGGUGGGGGUUACACAGAUGAGCCUCUGUCCAAGAUCCUGUCGCAUGUGGAAGAUGGGAACAUUGUGCAGCUCGAUCGCUGGAACCUCCAUGUGGAGCCAAACCCUGAAGCAAAUCCUGAGGAAAAGGAUGAGGCAGCUGCUGACAAGCUCCCCUUGGAUGUCUUUAAUAACUAUUUCAGCCUUGGCUUUGAUGCACGGGUGACGUUGGAGUUCCACGAAUCCCGAGAGGCCAACCCAGAGAAGUUCAACAGCCGGUUUCGGAAUAAAAUGUUCUAUGCUGGGACGGCUUUCUCCGACUUCCUCACGGGCAGCUCCAAAGACUUAGCGAAGCACGUCAAGUUGGUUUGUGAUGGGAUGGACCUGACCUCCAAGAUCCAGGACCUGAAGCCCCAGUGCCUGGUCUUCCUGAACAUCCCCAGGUACUGUGCAGGCACCAUGCCCUGGGGCAACCCUGGAGAGCACCAUGACUUUGAACCACAGCGACACGAUGAUGGCUGCAUUGAAGUUAUUGGCUUCACCAUGACAUCCCUGGCUGCCUUGCAGGUCGGAGGCCACGGGGAACGGCUGUGCCAGUGCCGACAGGUGGUUCUCACCACGUCCAAGGCCAUCCCCAUGCAGGUUGACGGAGAGCCCUGCAAGCUGGCGGCUUCCUGCAUCCACAUCUCCCUCCGCAACCAAGCCAACAUGGUGCAGAAGACCAAGCGGCGCAACUCCAUGCCUCUGCUCAAUGACCAGCAGCCGGUGCCUGAGCGGCUGCGGAUCCGGGUGAGCCGAAUCAGCAUGCGGGACUACGAGGCACUGCACUAUGACAAGGAAAAGCUCAAGGAAGCCUCUGUGCCGCUGGGGAUCAUUGUGGUUCCAGGAGACAGCGACCUGGAGUUGUGCCGGACCCAAAUUGAGAGGCUGCAGGAGGAUUUCUCUCCACAGCCCUGUGCUUUAGAGAGCCUGCCCUUUCAGGAGGGAGAUGGAGCCAAACCGAAGACACUGUCAUCCCAGAAGCUGUCACCCAAGUGGUGCUUCUUGGACUCAACCACAGCUGAUCGGUUCUACAGGAUAGACCGUGCGCAGGAGCAUCUCAACUAUGUGACAGAGAUCUCUCAGGAUGAGCUGUAUGUGCUGGACCCAGAGCUGGUGAUCACCCAGACUGUGAGCACCUCUCCUGCCAUGCCUGACCUUGUCGACUUGUCUGCUACACCCACUGGGCACCAUUUUGCAUUCCCCUCCUCUUCCUCCUCUCCACCUUCCUCUCCUGCCCCCAGCGCUGAACCUGAGCGCUGCCUCCCGCACAAAGAUAACCUUCUGAUAGAAGCUGCCAAAAGCGGCGACUUCAGCAAGUUCCAGGAGCUGCACCGAGCUGGAAGAGACCUGAUGGUGCGAGACUCCUCGGGCCAGACCGUCCUCCACCAUGCUGUCAAAUCAGGGAGCAAGGACAUCGUCAAAUACAUCAUUGAGAAUGCCCCUUCAGAAAUCCUUGAUGCCACAGAGGAGGAGAAUGGUGAAACCAGCUUGCACCAGGCUGCAGCCUUACGCCAGC